AACUCACCCCAAGAAUUACUGCCCAAUACCCACCAUUGGAGAUUCUUCUCCUUCUACUUCUGCUGCUGUUGCUGUUUGUUUUGCCUUCAAGGGCAUCCAAAAGUCCACAGAGAGAGAGAGAGAGAGAGAGAGAGAGAGAGAGAGAGAGAGAUGGCUACCGAGAUUGUGGGGAACAAGAAGGCGUGUGUCAUUGGAGGGACAGGUUUCGUGGCUUCUUUGCUGGUCAAGCUUUUGCUUGAGAAGGGCUAUGCUGUGAAUACCACUGUCAGGGACCCAGAUAAUCAAAAGAGGGUGUGCCAUCUCCAUGAGCUCCAGAACCUGGGUGACCUCAAGAUUUUCAGGGCGGAUCUCACUGAUGAAUCGAGCUUCGAUGCUCCUAUAGCUGGCUGCGACUUCGUCUUCCAUGUCGCGACCCCGGUCAACUUUGCUUCCCAAGACCCCGAGAAUGACAUGAUCAAGCCGGCAAUCCAGGGAGUCCUGAAUGUCCUCAAAGCCUGUGCUAAAGCGAAGACGGUGAAACGCGUCGUGUUGACUUCAUCAGCAGCUGCAGUUUCAAUCAACAAUAUUCAGGAAACGGGUUUGGUCAUGGAUGAGAAGAACUGGACAGACGCCGAGUUCUUGACCGCUGUGAAGCCGCCUACCUGGGGGUACCCUGCUUCCAAGAUGCUGGCGGAGAAGGCAGCGUGGAAAUUCGCGGAGGAAAAUGAUAUCGAACUUAUAACUGUCAUCCCAACCCUCAUGGCUGGCCGCUCUCUCACUCUGGAUGUCCCCAGCAGUGUCUGUCUCGCAAUGUCUCUGCUAACAGGAAACGAGUUCUUGAUGAACGGCCUGAAAGGCAUGCAAAUGCUGUCGGGUUCUAUUUCCAUCGCGCAUGUUGAGGACGUCUGCCGCGCCCACAUUUUCGUGGCUGAGAAGGAAUCUGCUUCUGGGCGAUACAUCUGCUGCGCUGCUAACACCAGUGUUCCAGAACUCGCAAAGUUCCUGAACAAAAGAUACCCGCAAUACAAAGCCCCAACAGAAUUCGGGGAUCUCCCAUCCAGGCCCAAGUUGAUAAUCUCUUCAGAGAAGCUAAUCAAGGAGGGCUUCACCUACAAGUACAGCAUUGAGGACAUCUAUGACCAAUCUGUCGAAUACUUCAAGGAGAAGGGACUGUUGCAGGUGUAGUAAUUUCUGUCGGCACUGCGGUUUCUGCAUAAAUCAAAGCAAUGCUUGACCGGGAAGAUGAUGAAAGAAUAACAGGUCAUUGAGAUCUAUCAGUGAGCUUGUUCUAAUUGAAUGAUGCAUGGAUAUGAAUCGAAAAGUGUAGCUCUUGCAUCUUUCUUAAACCAUGAACUGGGGGAGAUUGCAACAAGUCAUCUUUUAGUUAUCCCCGAAUGUUUGCUUUAGUGGCUGCGAACUUAAUAAAUGAUGCCACGUUUCAAAAUGGGACUCUUUACUAAAUGCAAUGUAUCUGUUGGUUCUGUCAGAGAA